AUGGCUGAUCACAAUAACAAUGAAGAUAUUCCCCCUGAGCAGAAUUUUAGAACUCUGGCUGCUCCUUUCAGGAAUAGACCAGAUAGGGGAGUGAUCCUUCCCCCUGUAGCACCUAAUUUUGAACUCAAACCUAUCAUGUUUUACAUGAUUAAGGAAGCUGGAGUCUUCAAUGGACUCCCUGCAGAAGAUCCGAACAUUGAGUCCCAUCUGGGACAGAUUGUUGCCAAUCUCCAAACAAGAGCACCCGGAUCACUACCAGGGGACACUGACGUUCCCUCAACAGCAUCAACAGCCUCACCAAAAGAAGUAAUUACUUUGCCCAGUUCCCCUUCAGAGAAAAUCAAAGUUGUCACCUUGCGAAGUGGAAAAACCACUACACAACCCACCACUCUGCAUGAGGAAGAGGAACAUAAUAAAGCAUCUGAAGCAACCUCAGAAGAAGAACAACAACAACCAGCCACAGAUGAGCAGAACCCACAGCUUGGCAAAGAAGUUGAAACCAACGAAAACCAGGUGGACAGAAGUCAAACAAUCAGUCCCACUCAAAGCAAGCAAAUACCAGCAAAAAUUCUGUUCCCUCAAAGAACAAAGAAGCAACAAGACGAUAAGCAGUUUGGAAAGUUCCUGGACAUUCUAAAACAGCUCCACAUCAACAUACCUCUGGUGGACGCACUAGAGCAAAUGCUCAGGUACGUGAAAUUCAUGAAAGAUGUUCUCUCAAAAAAGAGGGGGAUAACAGAAUAUGAGACUGUGAAAAUGACACAAGAAAGUUGCCAGUAUUUGGGCAAACUCCCACCUAAGCUUCAAGAUCUAGGAAGCUUUUCCAUUCCUUGCAUCAUAGGGAACACAUACCAAGGGAAAGCCUUGUGUGAUUUAGGGGCAAGCAUCAAUCUCAUGCCUCUCUCUGUUUUUAAGCAAUUGUCCACUGGGCCAGCAAAACCAACCACUGUAACAUUACAAAUGGCAAACAGAUCCAUCGUUAAGCCAGAAGGAAAAAUUGAAGAUCUACAAGUUAAAGUAGACAAAUUUAUCUUGCCUGCUGAUUUCAUCAUCUUGGAUUACGAAGCUGAUGUUGACGUUCCCAUCAUUCUAGGUAGACCGUUCUUGGCAAUUGGAGGAGCGGUUAUCAAUGUGCAAAAAAGGGGAACUGACCAUGAGAGUUCAUGA